UUUAAAGAUUUUUUGACGGAGGUAGGGGCAAAGAGAGAGGGAUAGAGAGAAUCCUAACCUGACAGCACAGAGACUCAUGCAGGGUUUGAACUCACUACCCAUGAGAUCAUGACCUGAGCUGAGAUCAAGAGUUGGAUGCUUAACUGACUGAGCCACCCAGGCACCCCUGAAGUCUGUAUUUUAAGUUGGAUUCCUCCAGAAUGGACUUACAUUUUUUUUUUCUUUCAGGUACCUAAGGACACAUAGGUAGCAUGAAUUUGUGCCUUAAACCUGUAAGAGGACCUACUUGGUCCUUUUUUUUCUUUACAAAUUUUUAUUUAAAUUCUUCUUAGUUAACAAAUAGUGUAAUAUUGUUUUCAGGAGUAGAAUUUAGUGAUUCAUCACUUACAUAUAACACUCAGGGCUCAACACAACAAGUACCUUUCUUAAUACCCAUCACCCACCUAGCCUAUCCCCUGCCCACCUCCCUCCAUCAACCCUCAGUUUGUUCUCUAUUGUAAGGAGUCUCUUAUGGUUUAUUUCCCUCUCUCUAUUUUCCCCCUUGCUAUAUGUUCAUCUGCUUUGUUUCUUAAAUCCCACAUAAGAGUGUAAUCGUGGUAUUUGUCUUUCUCUGCCUGACAUAUUUCACUAACCAUAAUAUACUCUAGCUCCAUCCACAUUGGUGUAAAUAGCAAAAUUUAAUUCCUUUUAUUUUAUUUUUCAAGACAGUGUGUGUGCAUGCAUGCAAGUGGGGGAGGGGCAGAGGCAGAGAAGGGGAGACACAGAAUGUGAAACAGGCCCCAGGCUCUGACCUGUCAGCACAGAGCCUGAUGCCAGGCUCGAACUCAUGAACUCCAAGAUCAUGACCUGAGCUGAAGUCAGAUGCUUAACUGACUGAGCCACCCAGGAACCCCAAGAGAGAAUCUUAAGCAGGCUCCACACUCAGCACAAAGCCCAGUGUGGGCUCAAUCUCACAACCAUGAGAUCAUGACCUGAGCUGAAAGCAAGAGUCAGACGCUUAAAGCAGAGCCACCCAGGCUCCCCAAGAUUUCGUUCCUUUUGAUGGCUGAAUAAUAUUCCAUUGUAUAUGUAUACCAUAUCUUCUUUAUCCACUCAUCAGUCGAUGGACAUUUGGGCUCUUUCCAUAGUUUGGCUAUUGUUGAUAGUGCUGCUAUAAACAUUAGAGUACAUGUACCCCUUUGAAACUGUACUUUUGUAUCCUUUGGGUAAAUACCUACUAGUACAAUUGCUGGAUCAUAGGUUAGUUCUUUUAACUUUCUGAGGAAACUCUAUGUUGUUUUCCAACAUGGUUGCACCAGUUUGCAUUCCCACCAACAGUAUCAGCUUGUGGUUUCUAGGUUACUUCAACAGAGAAGACAUUACUGGAGCAUCAUUCACUAGCUCUUAAAUUCUUGGUCACUUACUAUUCAUUGGUUAGAACUAAUCACUUGCCCCUACCUAGCUGAAAAAGAUAUGGAAAAUGUGGGGAUUUCUUGGAUAUCUAGUGAGCAAUACAUAUUUCAGUUACAAAAGGCAAAUCAAAAAGGGAAAAAGGGAGAAAAAUAAUUGUAAUUUACAAGGGAGGAAUGUGUUCUUGUCAGAAGGAGUACCCGUCUGACAGGUUUGAGGCAGUGAGGAUGUUUCAGAUUUCUCAACUUCUUCAGCCCCUCCUAGGUAUCUCCCUUUAAAUUGCCAGAUUACAGAGCAUUCUGGUCAUCCCACCAAUCUUCUCCAUUUCACUUUAGCAAGACACAUGAUUAAUUUCUUAUUCUGUACUCCCGUGAUUUGUCUGUUGUUUCUGUUUUUCUCUUUCUAUUUGAUCACUCAUGGAUUGAAACUCUUCUCAUUUUUGUUGGACUUUACCAAACUGCAGUUGAGCCUUGAACACCACAGGUUUGAACUGUGCGGAUGCACCUACACACAGUUAUUUACUUAUUUUUUUUUAGCUAAAUACAGCACUGUAAAUGUAUUUUCUCUUCCUUAUGAUUUUGUUAAUAAUAUUUUAUUUGUUCUAGCUUACUUUAUUGGAAGAAUACAGUAUAUAAUACAUAUAAUAUACAACAUAUGCGUUAAUUGAUGGCUUAUGUUGUUGGUAAGGUUUCUAGUUAACAAAGGCUCUUAGUUAAUUUUGGGGUAGUUAAGAUUUUUGACUGUGCAGUGGAGGUUGGGGGUGGAGGGUGGUGCCCCUAAUCACCUGCAUUGUUCAAGGGUCAACUGUAUAAGCAGUAACCUGCUUAUAUCAGAUAGAUUGAUAUAUUAGCUAUAAACCCUAAACACUUUACCCUUAGUUGGCACAUACUCUGAAGCUUUGGUGGCAACAGGAUUGCUUAACCAACUGCUUGCUCCAUCAUCAUAUGUACUGCCAAGAAUUUCCUAGCCUGGGUUGAGGGAGUACUCAUUGCUUCCCUCUCUGUUUGAGUCUACUAGUUUCAAACUUGUUCUAAAGAUCUUUCACUCAAGACACUACUUCUUGGUAAAAAUUUCUGUAUUAAUUAGGACUCUUUAGUUUCAAAUAAAUAAUUCACAUUGAGCUAAAUAACUCAAUACUAAAGGACUCUUUAGUUUCAAAUAAAUAACUCGUAUUGAGUCUAAUAACAAUAGUAGUAAUAUUUAGUGAAAGUUUAUUUUGUAGCAGUGCCUGGCACAUGAUAGGUACUUACCCUGUUGGAUGAAUGCCACACUGUGCUAAGUACUUUAAGUGCAUUAUCUAAUUUAAUCCUCAAAAUAACUCUAUACUAGUAUUUCUCCUUUUUAUAAAAAAGAACAUUGUGACACAAAAUGGUUUAGAAACUGCCCAAGAUGCCCAGCUAGUAAGCAUUGGAGCCAGGAUUUGAACCCAAGCCAUCUCAUUUUUUUUUGUACACUAUUAGCCAAAAAAGGAUAAUUUAUUAUAAGAGGGCUGUUACAGAACAAGGGAAGAAAUUCAAAUGGAUUGCAGGAUGGGCUGGAACCAGGAGAUAGAAAACUAUUGGGAAUACAGGCCAUACUCUUCCUCUGAUUCUCCUCUCUGCUUUUCAGACUAGAUGUGGUAACUGUGAUAGGCAAAGGGAAAAUAUUGGCAAAGGGAUGCAGUAGAUCAUUUCACUGAUCCCAACUUCUGAUUUGCCUUGGAAAAUCCUAGCAGUGUCCUCAACUUUGGUGGCCUGGCCAAGUCAUUCCAUUUUGGGGGACCUCUAUUUCCUCAUUUAUAAAAUGAGAAGUUUCUUUACCACAGGAUUCCUCAGGUCUCUUCCAGUUCUAAAAUUCUAUGAUCCUAAGUGAACUUUCUGGGGCAGAAGCUCAUUAAUAAUAGAUUUGAAUGUGUGGGUUUGAGGGGAUAGAAUAGAGGAGGAUUUUAAGGAAAGAGGGACAGAAUAAUAGUUUGAGUGGAGCCAGUGUUGAAUUACUAUUUAGAGCUGGUGUCAGGUAAAGGCCUUUGGGGAUAUAUAAAUGGAGGACAGAAAAUACUUCUCACCUUGACCAGACCAGAGUAUUUUUUAUGGGAUCUCUCUGAUCUGUGAGCAGUACUCUCUUUCUCUCUUUGUAUAUGCAUGAAUACAUGCACAUGUGGGCAUGCAUGUGUGUGUCCAUGUGGGAAGUAGCCCCCUUGCACAGUGAUUUAAUCUGGCUUAUCUCUUUUCUCAGCUCAGAAUUUUCUACAGAGCAUUCACCUAGGCCACAGGAAGAGGACCACAGGGCAAACACAAAUAUUUGAAUGGCCCAAUGAGCAAGUUGUUCAUCCAUAAAAUGAGAGGUUUGGUCUCUGUAACCUCUGAAGUCCUCUCCCAUUCUUAGAAUUUUGUGAUUCUAGGUACUGAGUCAAAAGUGGCUCUCCUCUUCCUGAACGCUCUGUCAUUGGACCAGACAUUUGUCUUCAUUUCUCUUCUCUGUUCAUACCUGGCUGCUCAGUUCCUUUCUCUGGGCCCCCUUUGUUCCUUGAUUCCUUCAAAUCCUACUUGCUUUUAACUCCUUUGUACCCUCUAUACUUUCUUACAUUUUUCUGCAGCCCCCCUCCCUACCACAUUAUACCCUGGUCUCCAGGUCUCCACCUCUAUUUCUGCCCACUGCUAUCUGCAUCCUGGCUCUUAACCGAAGUUAUUUCCCUGGGCUCCUCCGAGGGCCCCCCCACCGGGAUCCCCUAUCACUGGUCCCUCUCACAGAAGCACACCUUUCUCCAAAGCCAAAGGAUCAGGUAUUCAGUGGCUCAGGUGACAAACCUGCUGUCAGGUUACAGAUAUUGUUCCCUGAAAGACCACACUACAGUGUCAGUGGCAACUCAGGCUGCCUGCAGUGCUCUGCCCUCACCUGGCUAUUGCAUACAAGGUGAGAAUAACCAGAAUUCACCUCUUACCAGUGCUCACCUGGAAACAUGGCUCUGAGCCUCUGGGCCCUGCUACUGCCGCUGUCCUGUGCAGUGAUUCUGGUCCCUACUGGGAUUCAGUCCCUGGACCCUGGUCUCUCCCUCCUGAAGUCAUUGCUCUCCACAAUGGACCAAGCUCCUCAGGGGUCCCUCAGCCGCUCACAGUUCUCUGCAUUCCUGGCCAACAUUUCUUCUUCCUUUGGGCCUGGGAGAAUGGGGGAGGGACCUGUGGGGGAGCCCCCACCUCUCCAGCCCCCUGCCCUCCGGCUCCACGACUUCCUAGUGACACUGAGAGGCAGCCCAGACUGGGAGCCAAUGCUAGGUCUACUAGGGGAUGUGCUGGCACUGCUGGGACAGGAGCAGACCCCCCGGGACUUCCUGGGGCACCAGGCAGGUGUGCUGGGUGGACUCGCAGAGGUGUUGCUAGGAGCCUUAGUUCCUGUGGGGCCCCCAACCCCUACCCGGCCCCCAUGCACCCGUGAUGGGCCCUCUGACUGCGUCCUGGUGGCUGACUGGUUGCCUUCUCUGCUGCUCUUGUUAGAGGGUACACGAUGGCAGGCCCUGGUACAGGUGCAGUCCAGUGUGGACCCCACAAAUGCCACAGGCCUCAAUGGGAGGGAGCCAGCCCCCCACUUUUUACAGGGUCUGUUGGGUUUGCUCACCCCAGUAGGGGAGCCAGGCUCUGAGGAGGCUCUUUGGGGAGGUCUGCUGCGCACAGUGGGGGCCCCCCUCUACGCUGCCUUCCAGGAGGGGCUUCUCCGUGUCACUGACUCCCUACAAGAUGAGGUCUUUUCCAUUCUGGGGCAACCAGAGCCUGAUGCCAAUGGGCAGUGCCAGGGAGGCAACCUUCAACAGCUGCUUUUAUGGGGCAUCCGGCACAACCUUUCCUGGGAUGUCCAGGCGCUGGGCUUUCUGUCUGGAUUGCCACCCCCACCCCCCGCCCUCCUCCACUGUCUGAGCACAGGUGUGCCUCUGCCCAGGGCUUCCCAGCUCUCAGCCCACAUCAGCCCUCGCCAACAGCGAGCCAUCUCUGUGGAGGCCCUCUGCGAGAACCACUCAGGUCCAGCACCACCCUACAGCAUUUCCAACUUCUCCAUCCACUUGCUCUGCCAGCACGCCAAGCCUGCCACCCCGCAGCCCCCUCCCAGCACCAUUGCCAUCUGCCAGACAGCUGUGUGGUAUGCAGUCUCAUGGGCACCAGGUGCCCAAGGCUGGCUACAGGCCUGCCAUGACCAGUUUCCUGAUCAGUUCCUGGAGGCAAUAUGUAGCAACCUCUCCUUUUCAGCCUUGUCUAGCCCCAAUCGCCGUCUGGUAAAGCGGCUCUGUGCUGGUCUUCUCCCACCCCCCACCAGCUGUCCUGAAGGACUGCCUUCUGUUCCCCUCACCCCAGAGAUCUUCUGGGGCUGCUUCUUGGAGAAUGAGACCUUGUGGGCUGAGCGGCUGUGUGGAGAGGCGGGUCUGCAGGCUGUGCCCCCCAGCAAUCAGGCUUGGGUUCAGCAUGUGUGCCAGGGCCCUACCCCAGAUGCCACUGCCUUCCCACCCUGCUACAUUGGACCUUGUGGGGAACGCUGCCCAGAUGGGGGCAGCUUCCUGAUGAUGGUCUGUGCCAAUGAUACCAUGUAUGAAGCACUUGUGCCCUUCUGGCCUUGGCUAGCAGGCCAGUGCAGGAUAAGUCGUGGGGGCAAUGACACUUGCUUCCUAGAGGGGCUACUGGGCCCUCUUCUGCCCUCUCUGCCACCACUGGGACCAUCCCCACUGUGUCUGGCCCCAGCCCCCUUCCUGCUUGGCAUGCUAUCCCAGUUGCCACGUUGUCAGUCCUCUGUACCAGCCCUUGCCCACUCCACACGCCUACACUAUCUCCUGCGCCUGCUGACCUUUCUUCUGGGUCCAGGGGCUGGGGGGACUGAGGCCCAGGGGAUGCUGGGUCAGGCCCUGAUGCUCUCCAGUCUCCCAGACAACUGCUCCUUCUGGGAUGCCUUCCGCCCAGAGGGCCGGCGCAGUGUGCUGCGGACAGUUGGGGAGUACCUGGAACAGGAGGAGCAGUGGACCCCGCUGGGCUUUGAACCCACUGCCAGCCCCAGCUCUGGUAUAAACAAGAUGGAGCUGCUGUCCUGCUUCAGUCUUCAGAUGAAGGACAAGCAUCUAGCAAGUGGACUUGGAGUGCCUGGGGAACCUUCAGGAGGACAGAGGAGACAGCUCUUGGUAUCUUGUCUGUCUCCCCAUCAGCCUGUGCUAUGGGAUCUGCUCCAGAGGGAGAAGAGUGUUUGGGCCCUGAAGAUUCUAGUGCAGGCAUACCUGCACAUGCCACCAGAAAAUCUCCAGCAGCUGGUGCUUUCAGCAGAGAGGGAGGCUGCUCAGGGCUUCCUGACGCUCAUGCACCGUUCCUGGGCUCAGCUUCAGGUGCCACCAUCUGAGGAGGAAGCCCUGGGUCGCCUGACAGCCUUGUUGCUCCAGCAGUACCCGCGCCUCACCUCCCAGCUCUUCAUUGACCUGUCACCGCUCAUCCCCUUCUUGGCUGUCUCUGACCUGAUGCGCUUCCCACCAUCCUUGUUGGCCAAUGACAGUGUACUGGCUGCCAUCCGAGAUUACAGCCCAGGAAUGAGGCCUGAACAGAAGGAAGCUCUUGCAAAGCGACUGCUGGCCCCUGACCUGUUUGGGGAAGUGCCCGCCUGGUCCCAGGAGCUACUGUGGGCAGUGUUGCCCCUGCUCCCCCACCUCCCUCUGGAGAACUUUCUGCAGCUCAGCCCUCACCAGAUCCAAGCCCUGGAGGAUAGUUGGCCAGCAGCAGGUCUUGGGCCAGGGCAUGCCCGGCAUGUGCUACGGAGCCUGGUGAACCAGAGUGUCCAGGACGGAGAAGAGCAGGUGCGCAGGCUGGGGUCCCUCGCCUGUUUCCUGAGCCCUGAGGAGCUGCAGAGCCUGGUACCCUUGAGUGAUCCACUGGGGCCAGUAGAACGGGGGCUGCUGGAAUGUGCGGCCAACGGGACCCUCAGCCCACAAGGACGGGUGGCAUAUGAACUUCUGGGGGUAUUGCGCUCAUCUGGAGGAGCUGUGCUGAGCCCCCGGGAGCUGCGGGUCUGGGCCCCUCUCUUCCCUCAGCUGGGCCUCCGCUUCCUGCAGGAGCUGUCAGAGCCCCAGCUUAGAGCCAUGCUUCCUGCCCUGCAGGGCACCAGUGUCACACCAGCCCAGGCUGUCUUACUGCUUGGACGGCUCCUCCCUAGGCAUGAUCUGUCCCUGGAGGAACUCUGCUCCUUGCACCCUCUGCUGCCAGGCCUCAGCUCCCAGACACUCCAGGCCAUCCCUAGGCGAGUUCUGGUUGGGGCCUGUUCCUGCCUGGCCCCUGAACUGUCACGCCUCUCAGCUUGCCAGACUGCAGCAUUGCUGCAGACCUUUCGGGUGAAAGACGGCGUUAAAAACAUAGGUACAACAGGUGCCAGUGCAGCUGUGUGUAUCCCUGGUCAGCAGCCCAUCCCCACCACCUGGCCAGACUGCCUGCUUCCCCUGCUCCCACUAAAGCUGCUACAGCUGGACUCUGCGGCUCUUCUGGCUAACCGAAGGCGCUACCGGGAGCUGCCCUGGUCUGAGCAGCAGGCUCAGUUUCUCUGGAAGAAGAUGCAGGUGCCCACCAACCUGACACUCAGGAAUCUGCAGGCUCUGGGCACCCUGGCAGGGGGCAUGUCGUGUGAGUUUCUGCAGCAGAUCAACUCAAUGGCAAACUUCCUUGAAGUAGUGCACAUGAUCUAUCAGCUGCCCACUGGAGUUCGAGGGAGUCUGAGGGCCUGUAUCUGGGUGGAGCUACAGCGGAGGAUGACAAUGCCAGAGCCAGAGCCGGCAACCAUGGGGCCAGAACUGAGUGGGCUAGACACCAGGCUACUCUUGGAUUUACCGGUCCGGUUGAUGGAUAGACUGUCCAAUGAAUCUAUUAUGUUGGUGGUGGGGCUGGUACGAGGAGCUCCAGAGCAGCUGCUGGCACUGACCCCACUCCACCGGGUGGCCCUGGCAGAGAGGGCACUACAAAACUUGGCUCCAAAGGAGACAACAGUCUCAAGGGAAGUGCUGGAGACAUUGGGCCCCUUGGUUGGAUUCCUGGGGAUAGAGAGUACACGACGGAUCCCUCUACCGAUCCUGCUGGGCCAACUCAAUCAGCUGCAGGGCUUCUGCCUAGGAGAGCCAUUUGCCACAGAGCUGGGAUGGCUCUUGUCACAGGAGCCUGCUCUUGGGAAGCCAGAGUUGUGGAGCCAGGGUGAAGUAGAGCAAGCUGGACGCCUAGUACUCACUCUGUCUACUGAAGCUAUUUCCUUGAUCCCCAGGGAGGCCUUGGGCCAAGAGACUCUGGAGCGGCUCCUAGAGAAGCAGCAGAGUUGGGAGCAGAGCAGAGUUGGACAGCUAUGUGGAAGACCACAGCUUGCUUCCAAGAAAGCUGCCUUGGUAGCUGGGGUUGUACGGCCCACCGCAGAAGAUCUCCCAGAACCUGUGCCAAAUUGUGCAGAUAUACGAGGGACAUUCCCAGCAGCCUGGUCAGCAACCCAGAUUGCAGGGAUGGAGCUCUCAGACUUUGAGGACUGCCUGGAAUUAUUCGCAGGAGACCCAGGACUUGGGCCUGAGGAACUACGGGCAGCUAUGGGCAAGGCAAAACAGUUGUGGGGUCCUCCCCGGGGAUUCCGUCCUGAGCAGAUCCUGCAGCUAGGUCGGCUCUUAAUAGGUUUAGGAGAGCGGGAACUACAGGAGCUGAUCCUAGUGGACUGGGGAGUGCUGAGCACCCUGGGGCAGAUAGAUGGCUGGAGCUCCAUCCAGCUCCGGGUUGUGGUCUCCAGUUUCUUGCGGCAGAGUGGCCGGCAUGUGAGCCACCUGGACUUCCUUCAUCUGACUGCACUGGGUUAUACACUCUGUGGACUUCGGCCAGAGGAGCUACAGCAUAUCAGCAGUUGGGAAUUUAGCCAAGCAGCUCUCUUCCUGGGCAAUCUGCAUCUCCAGUGUUCUGAGGAGCAACUGGAAGUUCUGGCCCAGCUCCUUGUGCUGCCCGGUGGUUUUGGUCCAGUCAGUAACUGGGGGCCUGAGAUCUUCACUGAAAUCGGCACAAUAGCAGCAGGGAUCCCAGACCUGGCUCUUUCAGCACUGCUGCAGGAACAGAUCCAGGGCCUUACCCCUCUUGCUAUUUCUGUCAUCCCUGCUCCUAAAUUUGCUGUGGUGUUCAGUCCCACCCAGCUAUCUAGUCUCACGAGUGUUCAGGCUGUGGCUGUCACUCCUGAACAAAUGGCCUUUCUGAGUCCUGAGCAGCGACGAGCAGUUGCAUGGGCCCAGCAUGAGGGGAAGGACAGCCCAGAACAGCAGGGUCGAAGCACAGCCUGGGGCCUUCAGGACUGGUCACAACCCUCCUGGGCCAUGGCAUUGACCAUCUGCUUCCUUGGCAACCUGCUUUGAACCUGUCUCCACAGUUAAAGAGAAAGAUUGUUGGGAAAGAAACUUUAAUAAAGUGCAAAUGGAAA